AUGGCGAGCGGCUGCGCGGCGGAGGAGGCGAAGGCGGCGGCGGACCCCGCCGACGGCCCGCAGGAGCCCUGCUGCGUGGCGGCGGGGUGCUCCUGGCCCUGCGCGUCGCCGGACGGCCUGGCCCGGGCGCUCUGCCUGCGGUGGGACGCGGGCGGCGGCGAGGCCAGCACCGAGGCCGUCGUCGUGGAGAGGCGGGCGGGCGGCGGGAGCGAGGCGCCCUGCGUGCUUGACCUGGAGUGCCGGCCAGCCGGCGCCGGGGAGAUGCUCUCCGUCGGUAUCCUGAGCGAGGCCCGGAACAUGGAGGUGUACGUGGGCGAGGAGUACUGCGGGACCGGCCGGGGCGAGAGCCUGGGCGCCGCUCGGCCCCCGGGUGAAACUGAAAAGGUUACUUUAUACAGAAAGUACCUUAAAUUCGAAUGCCCUGCAGCCUCCUGUAGAAUUAAGCUUCUCUCCAUUGGUGAGAAACAAAGAGUACUCAUCAGUAAAAUAAUUGUACAAGUGAGAACAGUGUCUGCAAAACUAGCAACUGAUUUUCCUUCACUAGGCUCAAGCAUAGAUCUAGACAGAGUGCAAACUAUAAUGGAAUCUAUGGGAUCUAAGUUGUCUCCAGGUGCUCAGCAACUCAUGGACAUGGUCCGAUGUCAGCAGAAAAACAGUUUACCUCUUGGAGACAAACUUAAUUGGAUCUUUAGGAAAAAUUCAGACUUUGGAGAUGACCACGCAAUAGAUGGAUUGCGCAGUGCAGCUAUUCAGGCAUCACUAGAUCAAUCAGCCAGUGAACCUUUGUCUGUUAAAAAUCAUUUAACAAGUGAAACAGUAUAUGAAGACUUAAAAAUAAGUUGUGAUCGCAACAUACAGGCACCUGAAAGAGGGAAUACUUCUGAUUCUGAAAGACUUACUACCCAGCAAAAUACAGUUGACCUCAGAAAUUAUUUUAAAGUCACAGGAUCUCUGCAUAUGCAGGAACAAGCUAGUGAAACCCCAAAUGCAGCUAAUCCACAGGUGCUUCUUCCUUUUCUCCAAAACUUAUGUAGUCAGGUAAAUCAUCUUCGGCUAAAAGAUGGCGAUAGGCGUUUUGGUAAAAAUGCAGCGACUAAAGAGGAAGGCAUUCAGUGUGUUGGAGUAGAACAACAGCCUAUUUGCUCCUAUUUGGAAAAGAUGAUCUCAAAAAAUAUGGAUCUGAUGGAGAAGAAACUAAUGGACUAUAUUGAUUGCCAAAUUCAGGCUCUUCAGACACAUAUAGAUAAUAAAAUGGUUCUCUUAAUGGACUUGGUUCAGAACUCAAAGCCAAACAAAAUUUCACAAGCGCACUAUGAUUCUAACGAGGGGUUCUCUAAUGGAGAGAGAUAGAUGUAUAUAGAUAUAGGACUUCCAAUGUAAGUACUUUAAGGGCAAUUAUACUUUACAAAGCUUAGUAUUUAUGGAGUUAUAACUGUAAAGAACCUCAGUGUUGUUGACUUGCAUUUUGUUACUGUAAUUCUAUCCACUAUUGUACACAGUUGUUAGUUUUAUGAAGUAUCUUAAGAAUGUGGUUUUUUACAAAAUUCUUAUAUUUAGGAUGCCCUUUGUGGCUUAUUUAUUUAAAGAGCAUUGCUAAAAGCCAUAUGAAACACAGUUUCCCAGUUUCAGUUUGAACAAUGGAGAAGUACUCUAAAUAAACUGAGUUACAGCUUAUCUUUUUACCUACGUGUAAUCAGCUCACUUUUUUGUUGUCUCUAUUUUUGAUGUGCAGUGUGUUACUAGUAGAACAGAUUGUGGUUUCUUUGUGCUUUUUGGUUUAUUUUAAUGGCACCCCUGUUGAAGAUGUUUAGUACUCCAUCUGUCAGAGGAAGGGUAGUACCGGCACUGCCUAACUUAGACUGUUUAAGGAGUCAGAUUUAGAGAGGCAGGCUGACUUGAACCCCAGCAUGGCUUUGAAAGCCUUGCUGGCUGUACAGGCA